AUGUCAGCUAUCAUAAAUCCUCGAACGGGCGAAAGUAAUUCAUCAAGCAUAGGCACAUCAAAACCUGUUCUUGUGCAAAAAAUCACCGGACAUGUCGCCCGCAUAAAUGAUGUGGUUUUAUUGUCAAAGGAUGAAGGUGUAUGGUCGGCGAGUGACGACCGAUCCGUUCGAUUGUACCUCAAAAGAGACAAUGACCAAUUUUGGCCGUCGAUUCAUCAUUUUAUGCCCGUUGCUCCAACGUGUCUUCAUUACAGCGAAGAAACAUACAAACUUCUUGUUGGAUUAAUCAAUGGAAAUGUAUACGAAUUUGCCGUUGCCGAUGAUUUCAAUAGCAUGUCUGAAACUAGAAAAUGGUCAAUUCACGCCGGACCGAUUUCGGGCUUGGGAUUCGCCUUAGCGUCCGAGCUCAUUUUCAGCUGCUCGAGAGACAAAUCGCUGAUUUGGCAUUGUUCGGAAACAUCUGUGAAACUUGGCACAUUCCACUGCGAUAACAGCUGCACAGCACUAGUGAUCGAUCUUCCAUUCGUGUUUAUUGGCGAUCAUGGAGGCAGUGUUACAGUCCUGCGAAUGUCAGGGAACAACGCGAAUGUUGUGAGCAAACUGAGCGCUCAUACUGCUCCAAUUUCGUCUCUCGCUUGGGAUCGUGUUAAAGAGGUUUUGUAUUCGGGAUGUCACGACCAUCUUGUAAUCGUAUGGGACAUCGGAGGAGGAAGAGGUCAAGCUUAUGAGUUGAACGGCCAUUCAACCAAAGUUACUCGUCUGUGUGCAGCUGCUGGAGCUCGCCGACUGUUCUCGGCUGAUGACAAUGGUAUUUUAAUGUGCUGGGAUAUGACAGUUAAACGUGUUGAAACACCAGAAUGGCGUUCGAACGACUACUGCGAGAAGUGUAAUGCGCCAUUCUUUUGGAAUUUGCAAGCGAUGUGGCAGAGAAAGGUUGUAGGUCUCCGUCAACAUCAUUGUCGUACUUGCGGAGCAGCGGUUUGUGGAAGUUGCUGCAAUAACUGGACGACAUAUCCGCCAAUGGGAUAUGAAAUGAAAGUGCGAAUUUGCAAUGAUUGCAAACAAAAAAUGACGGAGAAUUCGCAAAACUUCGAUUUGACUCCACUGGCGGCUUCACAUGAUAUUCGCACUGGAGUUACUGCAAUGCAUUUCCAAGAAACGCUUGGAAUGUUGGCGACCAGCGGGCAAAAUCGCGUGAUUAUGCUUUGGGACGUUAAAGGAAUGCUCUAA